AUGGAAAAAUACUAGAAGAAGGACAAAUGGUUGGAAACAGCAGCAUUGAUCUGGAUGAAGGAACUGAAGGAAACAUCAGCUGCAGCGUGAAGAACCAAGUCAGUCACGCACAGAAGACCAUUAGACUCAAACCCUGUCCUGUGUCUCUGGUGUUUGUUGUGGUCUGGUGUCUUCAGCUGAUGGUUCUGUUCGGUCUGUUAGGAGCUUUUCACAUCUACAUGAGACACACAUCAGGUCUGGAUCGGUUCUGCAGGUUUGAUCAGUCUGAUCCCUGUUACGCAGCUCUGGGACACAAACUCAAACUGCUGAAGGUGCAGGGCACUAGUGAAUAUUACUGGGGGUUACAUAAGAGGAUGAACAACACAAUAUAUGGUCCAGUUUGUAGAGUAAAGUAUGGCAGGAUGAGGGAAUGUGAUCUUUAUAAUAACAGAACUGAUGUGACAUUCAUUAAUGGGUCUCUUAUAAUAAACCGUGUGAUCAGAGCAGAUUCAGGGAAUUACAGAUUAACACUCACUGACUCAAACGGCACAGAAACAUCUCGAGAUCUUCAAGUGAUUGUUGAAGCUCCUAUUGGCUCAGUGGAAGUGUCAAUCAUCUGCUCCUCCAGUGGGGUGAUGAGGGUGUUCUGCUCCUCUGAGGGGGAUCAGCUCCUCUACAGCUGGACUCUGAAUGGAGAUCCACUGAUGGUUGGAAACAGCAGCAUUGAUCUGGAUGAGGGAACUGAUGGAGACAUCAGCUGCAGCGUGAAGAACAACGUCAGUCACGCACAGAAGACCAUUAGACUCAAACCCUGUCCUGGUCUGGAUCAGUUCUGCAGUUUUGAUCAGUCUGAUCCCUGUUACACAGCUCUGGGACACAAACUCAAUCUGAUGAUGGUGCAGGACGCUAGUGAAUAUGACCUACAAUUAAAAAAGAGAAUAAACUACAACACAGCAGAUGGUCCACUUUGUAGAGUAAAGUAUGGCAGGAUGAGGAUGAGUCAGUGUGAUCUUUAUAAUAACAGACCUGAUGUGACAGUCAUUAAUGGGACUGUGAUAAUAAACCGUGUGAUCAGAGCAGAUUCAGGGAAUUACAGAUUAACACUCUUUCACUCAGACGGCACAGAAACAUCUCGAGAUCUUCAAGUGAUUGUUGAAGCUCCUAUUGGCUCAGUGGAAGUGUCAAUCAUCUGCUCCUCCAGUGGGGUGAUGAGGGUGUUCUGCUCCUCUGAGGGGGAUCAGCUCCUCUACAGCUGGACUCUGAAUGGAGAUCCACUGAUGGAUGGAAACAGCAGCAUUGAUCUGGAUGAAGGAACUGAUGGAGACAUCAGCUGCAGCGUGAAGAACCACGUCAGUCACGCACAGAAGACCAUUAGACUCAAACCCUGUCCUGGUCUGGAUCGGUUAUGCCGUUUUGAUCAGUCUGAUCCCUGUUACACAGCUCUGGGACACAAACUCAAUCUGAUGAUGGUGCAGGACGCUAGUAAAUAUGAUCUGAAGAUCCAGAAGAGAAUAAACAACAACACAGCAGAUGGUCCAGUUUGUAGAGUAAAGAAUGACAGGAUGAGGAUGAGUGAAUGUGAUCUUUAUAAUAACAGACCUGAAGUGACAGUCAUUAAUGGGAUGCUGAUAAUAAACCGUGUGAACAGAACAGAUUCAGGGAAUUACAGAUUAACACUCGAGAGCUCAGACGGCACAGAAACAUCUCGAGAUCUUCAAGUGAUUGUUGAAGGUCUGGAGUUAAACUGCGGUUUUGAUCAGUCUGAUCCCUGUUACACAGCUCUGGGACACAAACUCAAUCUGAUGAUGGUGCAGGACGCUAGUGAAUAUGAUCUGAAGAUAAUAAAGAGAAUAAACAACAACACAGCAGAUGGUCCAGUUUGUAGAGUAAGAUAUGGCAGGAUGAGGAAUUGUGAUCUUUAUAAUAACAGACCUGAAGUGACAGUCAUUAAUGGGACUCUGAUAAUAAACCGUGUGAUCAGAACAGAUUCAGGGAAUUACAGAUUAAAACUCUCUCACUCAGACGGCACAGAAACAUCUCGAGAUCUUCAAGUGAUUGUUGAAGCUCCUAUUGGCUCAUUGGAAGUGUCAAUCAUCUGCUCCUCCAAUCAGACUUCAGUGUUCUGCUCCUCUGAGGGAGAUCAGAUCAUCUACAGCUGGACUCUGAAUGGAGAAAUACUAGAAGGACCGAUGGUUGGAAACAGCAGCAUUGAUCUGGAUGAAGGAACUGAUGGAGACAUCAGCUGCAGCGUGAAGAACCACGUCAGUCAUGCACAGAAGACCAUUAGACUCAAACCCUGUCCUGGUCUGGAGUUAAACUGCAGUUUUGAUCAGUCUGAUCCCUGUUACACAGCUCUGGGACACAAACUCAAUCUGAUGAUGGUGCAGGACGCUAGUGAAUAUGAUCUGAAGAUAAUAAAGAGAAUAAACAACACAGCAGAUGGUUCAGUUUGUAGAGUAAAGUAUGGCAGGAUGAGGAAGACUGAAUGUGAUCUUUAUAACAACAGACCUGAAGUGACAGUCAUUAAUGGGUCUCUGAUAAUAAACCGUGUGAUCAGAACAGAUUCAGGGAAUUACAGAUUAAAACUCACUCACUCAGACGGCACAGAAACAUCUCGAGAUCUUCAAGUGAUUGUUGAAGCUCCUAUUGGCUCAGUGGAAGUGUCAAUCAUCUGCUCCUCCAGUGGGGUGAUGAGGGUGUUCUGCUCCUCUGAGGGGGAUCAGCUCCUCUACAGCUGGACUCUGAAUGGAGAUCCACUGAUGGAUGGAAACAGCAGCAUUGAUCUGGAUGAAGGAACUGAUGGAGACAUCAGCUGCAGCGUGAAGAACCACGUCAGUCACGCACAGAAGACCAUUAGACUCAAACCCUGUCCUGGUCUGGAGUUAAACUGCAGUUUUGAUCAGUCUGUUCCCUGUUACACAGCUCUGGGACACAAACUCAAUCUGAUGAUGGUGCAGGACGCUAGUAAAUAUGAUCUGCAGUUAAAAAAGAGAAUAAACAACACAGCAGAUGGUUCAGUUUGUAGAGUAAAGUAUGGCAGGAUGAGGAUGAGUCAGUGUGAUCUUUAUAAUAACAGACCUGAAGUGACAGUCACUAAUGGGACUGUGAUAAUAAACCGUGUGAUCAGAACAGAUUCAGGGAAUUACAGAUUAACACUCGUUCGCUCAGACGGCACAGAAACAUCUCGAGAUCUUCAAGUGAUUGUUGAAGCUCCUAUUGGCUCAGUGAAUGUGUCAAUCAUCUGCUCCUCCAAUCAGACUUCAGUGUUCUGCUCCUCUGAGGGAGAUCAGAUCAUCUACAACUGGACUCUGAAUGGAGAAAUACUAGAAGGACCAAUGUUUAGAAACAGCAGCAUUGAUCUGAAUAAAGGAACUGAAGGAGACAUCAGCUGCAGCGUGAAGAACAACGUCAGUCACGCACAGAAGACCAUUAGACUCAAACCCUGUCCUGGUCUGGAUCGGUUCUGCAGGUUUGAUCGGUCUGAUCCCUGUUACACAGCUCUGGGACACAAACUCAAUCUGAUGAUGGUGCAGGACGCUAGUAAAUAUGAUCUGAAGAUAAUAAAGAGAAUAAACAACAACACAGCAGUUGGUUCACUUUGUAGAGUAAAGAAUGGCAGGAUGAGGAUGAGUCAGUGUGAUCUUUAUAAUAACAGAACUGAAGUGACAGUCAUUAAUGGGUCUCUGAUAAUAAACCGUGUGAUCAGAACAGAUUCAGGGAAUUACAGAUUAACACUCUCUCACUCAGACGGCACAGAAACAUCUCGAGAUCUUCAAGUGAUUGUUGAAGCUCCUAUUGGCUCAGUGGAAGUGUCAAUCACCUGCUCCUCCAGUGGGGUGAUGAGGGUGUUCUGCUCCUCUGAGGGAGAUCAGCUCCUCUACAGCUGGACUCUGAAUGGAGAUCCACUGAUGGAGGGAAACAGCAGCAUUGAUCUGGAUGAGGAAACUGAUGGAGACAUCAGCUGCAGCGUGAAGAACCACGUCAGUCACGCACAGAAGACCAUUAGACUCAAACCCUGUCCUGGUCUGGAUCGGUUCUGCAGGUUUGAUCAGUCUGAUCCCUGUUACACAGCUCUGGGACACAAACUCAAUCUGAUGAUGGUGCAGGACGCUAGUAAAUAUGAUCUGACGAUAAAAAAGAGAAUAAACAACACAAAAGAUGGUCCAGUCUGUAGAGUAAAGUAUGGCAGGAUGAGGAAGACUGAAUGUGAUCUUUAUAAUAACAGACCUGAAGUGACAGUCAUUAAUGGGACUGUGAUAAUAAACCGUGUGAUCAGAACAGAUUCAGGGAAUUACAGAUUAAGACUCGAGAGCUCAGACGGCACAGAAACAUCUCGAGAUCUUCAAGUGAUUGUUGAAGGGUCAACUACUGCAGCUGUGACCUCUGUGACCUCCAAUGUGACCUCUAUUGUGACCUCUGCAGUAACCAGAAGCUCACAGACAUUAGAAAAUGUUUUGCUCAUUGUGAUUGCUUUUGGCUGCGCUGCUCUGAUGCUGAUUCUGCUGUUCACUAUCGUAUGUUACGUUUACAAGAAAAAACACUUGAAGUCAACACCAGCCCCUGCUGGAGAUACAGAGCUCAUGUACACUAAUAUUCCUGAGAAAAAGGAUGAAAAAAUGACAACAGAAUCGCUCCCGGCUGCUGAUGGGGAAUACGCCGCGGUGCGACCACGGACAAAGAGGAAGAAAAAGGAGGAGGAAGAGGAGGUCCAGAAUGGCGAGGUGACAUUCGCUCCGAACCAAUCAGUCGCUCCACAGCAGCCUCAGGAGGAGAGAAGUAUUUACGCACAGGUACAAAGACGCUAGUCUCACAAUAACAAGAUCGUACUUUACCUGGGAAACCAAGUGCUUUUUUCACUUAUGUUUGACUUUCUGAGUUGUAUGGAUUGUAUUAAGCACAUAUCUCUUUGCAGUUGUAAAUUAUUUUGUGUGAUGUAUUGUAUGUUGAUAUGAACUGUAGAGCAAGGGCUUCAUGAGAUGGUUAGUAAGCAAGAGAAUGAAAAGAAGAGGAAACCAAAUGCAAGUUA